ACCCUAAAACGAGCAGAAAGGAGAAGAGAGGGGAGGAAUACAACAGAGAGAUUGCAUAUCAUAACUCGAUAAAAUCGUUAAAGCCCUAUAUAUAUAUAUAUACACAUAUAUAAUUAUCAUAUGCUCUCAACUCUUUCAGAAAGGAAAGCUCUGCAAAAUGAUACUUUUUAUUAGGCAUUUUUGAAAGAUUUAAAGAUUUAAUUGAAAAGAUUACACAGUGUUGUUCUUUCAAAUAUCUUGAAGGUUUGUCCUUUUGGAAGCUUAACGGUUUCAUUUAGUUGUGAGACCAAAGGAAAAUGGUAGAGUAGGGAAAGAAACUGGGACCUCUGUGUUAUAUGUUUCUUAGCUAAGUUAAUCUUUUCUUUUGAAGCUUCUUUAGGUUUGUUUCGGUGGAUACCAGGGUUAAAUGGCUAUCGAUGGGAGUUUCCGUCUUGAAUCCGCAGUGGACAGGUUUCUUGCUCGUUGCCCCCAGCUCGGGCGGUAUCCGCAGUUGGACUCACUCGCCAAGAAGGGGGAUAUGGUAACAGAAGAAGAAGUGGUGAAAGUGGUGGCAGAUAUCUUUCUGCACCCUAAUUACACAAUUCCGUUGAUCGGGUGUUUUCGACCUAUAGCUCGAAAGAUUGUUGAUAAAGUUGUGGCUAUGCUCCAUUUGGUCGGAAAUCUGGGGUCAAGUUCAGAUUAUAUUAUCUUACUAUCAGAUAAUUCAGAUGAUAAACUGACUCUGGAUAAUGCCAUGGGUCAAGGUGUUAGUGUCAUUGAUUUUUAUCAUCAACAAGGAAGAAGCUUGCAUCUUCACGAAUGUGCUUGCCUUGCCUUCUGUCGCGCCCUUGAUUUGGCUCCUUUUUUGUCAGGGUCUGUUCUGACUUAUUUCAAGUUUGCUCCACCUCCUUAUGAACGAAUAGCAAACCAAGAAGCAAUCUGUAAGAUGUCAAGGAAGGAUUUGGACUCGGGGAGGACGAUUGGCAGUGGUAGGAUGAGCUCGGGAUUAUAUUUGUUUCAAGUCAACACCUCUAAAAGACAAGCUCACAAUGCAGUUGUUGCUUCAUGCUUACAUGUUGUACAUAUUUCUUACCGUUUCCUCAUGAUGGAACCUGAGGUUUUCUGUGAACUUUGGGAUUGGUCAUGUUUCUUGGACCUUGUGAGGAAGACUCUGGAUAUGGGAAGUCAUCUCGAAUUCGCCAAAGAUAUUUCAGAUGUUAGAUGGUGUGCAGUACAAGUACUUUCUAUCAUCCUGAGAAUGAAUGAUAGAGCAACUGCAAGUCUUGGUGUUGGAGCAGAAGAAGCUCUUUCAUGUUUAUUGCGCUGGGAGGAAUUCUGUGAAGAUGUGGCAGUUGAGAAGGCUGGCAUGUAUAUCGGAUCAUCUGAUUGCACAACAAUGGGAUCUGCUGUUGGCCAGACAGAAUUCAGCCGAGUUAAUUGCCUGCAGUCCUUUAGUACCAACUCUUUGGUGCUGUCACAGUUGGAUGGGAUUGAACCAUCAAUGAAGCGACGUAGGUUGGUGAAAAGGGAAGACAGAUCCUAUGGCGACCCGUUUGUCAUGACAUCUACUAUAAAGAAAAGUUUCGAAAUGGCCUUGUUAGCAGUGAGUCAGAAUUGGCCUGUUCUCUUUUAUGGUCCUGCUGGCUGUGGGAAGUCUGCUCUUAUAAGAAAGUUGGCCGAAGAGACUGGAAACAAUGUUCUAUCUAUUCACAUGGAUGAUCAAAUUGAUGGAAAAAUGUUGGUGGGUAGUUAUAUUUGUACCGAGCAACCUGGGGAAUUCAGAUGGCAGCCUGGGUCCCUUACCCAGGCUGUACUUAAUGGUCUUUGGGUUGUCUUUGAAAAUAUUGACAAAGCACCAUCAGAUGUGCUUCCCAUCUUAGUGCCCUUACUUGAAGGUGCAAGCUCCUUUGUAACUAGUCAUGGGGAGGUGGGAAUGCACUUGGUGGCCCUUGGAGGAAAAUUAUGAUUGGCUCAUCAAAUAAUGAGGACUUGCAAAAUAUUGUGGAGGCAUGGUAUCCAAAAUUGGUGCCUGUUGCCAAAAGACUUGUAGAAACAUUUGAAAAUGUCAGCUCUCCUCCUUUACCCCAAGUUCGAAGUUUUCAAUUGGGAACCUCAUCUUUGUCUGGCUCCCUUAAUCGAUUCUCGCUGAGAGAUCUUCUCAAGUGGUGCAAGCGAGUUGAUGGUUUGCAUAUGUUCAAUAAUCAUCGAAUUUAUCAGAGGUUG